AUGGCAACGGGUGGAAAGAGUAAUCACCGGGAAUUCACCGAGCGCUUGGAAAUUCUACGGGAAGUUUAUUUGUGUUUUAAGCGGCGGGGUUUAAGCGCCAGCUUCCGAGCGUGUUCUCUGAUAGAAAUAUGUUUCAAGUUUACAACACACCGCGGAGUGUGUUCUGUGGUCAUGGUCCCUCCGAAGGAUCAGCUUCGCUCUGCGGCGAAUAGUUGGCGGAACGCAUCUGAGCCACCUUUGAAAAAUCCGCGCCGUCGACAUUUCUCCACGACAAUUUCAUCUGAAACAAGCGGUCUGAAAUUGCAAAUGUCGCCUGUUACAAGGAACAAACGACGUACGAACAAUAAUUGA